AUGGCGACUCACACAUCUCUCUGGCUGCUCCUCAGCCUGGCAGCCACGGCUUUCGCCCAGGGAAGCAUCAUACCGUCAGGGCUUACCUCCGGGUUCACAGACAGUCUCGGCCUCGAGGUUAGCUACCAAGGCGUGGGGACCAGGUUCGACGGAAUUCCAGAUGGUAGUACAGUCUCGGCGACGGACGUGUCGACAGACCCGAUAUUCGCCCUCUCAGACCAGUCUGCCAUCAACACGCGCAUCGCAUUCCUCAUCAUGAUGCUCGACACCACCGACCCCAACGCCCCCGUGCUCCACUUCGCCCAGGACCAGUUCAAGGCCGACGGCGUGCAGACCGGUAUCUCCACCCAGGCACAGCCGCUCGUACCAUACGCCCGCCCCGGCAGCCUCGGGGAGACGGGCCAACGCCAGUACUCCUUCCUGCUCUUCCAGGAGCCCUCGGGCACAACCAUCUCCGGUCUUCCUCAAGCCGGUGAGACUCUGAACGUCGAUCAAUUCCUCGCCUCGAACAACAUGCGAGCGGCCCGCGCGGGUGUCGGCAUUAUGGUCGACAAUGGAGGCGGUGGUGGUGGUGGUGGUGGUGGUGCGGCGGCCCCGUCGGCGCCUGCAACCACGGUGGCCCCGAGUAACACUCCUAUCGCGACAUUUACUUCUGUCAUCCCUACUCCUCCUAUUGCCACAUCUGAAGCAACGGUCCCAAUUACCCCGAGUCCGCCAAUCGCAACAGGACAGCCUCUUCCCUCCAGCACGCUGCUCACAUCCGCAGCCACGGGCGCAGCGACUCCCUCGGCUUCUGCAACAUCCGGUAGCUCGGGUGCUUCGAGCAGCGCGACGAGCUCUGGCAGUGGUGCUGUCACGGCGGGCGGCAGUGUCCUCGAGGCCGUGCCCGCUCGGACGCUGGGCCUGGUCGCUGGUCUCAUCGGCGGUGUGCUGCUGAUAUGA